GCAAUGCGCAUUCGAGAGAGAAUAUUGUGCGAUAAGUACGCGUUUGGUUGCUGAAAAUUUAAUUUUAAACUAAAAACUUGAAAAUGUCGGCUCAAAAAACCAAGAAGACGAGCAAAUCGCAGGAUCACCCUACUUACCAGGUUAUGGUAAUCAAAGCUGUAAAACAUGAAGGUUCUUCAAAAGGAGGGACUUCUCUCGCGAAAUGUUGGAAAUAUGCUGCCGCAGAGUACAACCUUCCUAAGGACAAGAGAGUUAUAUUUCGUAAGAAUGUAGCCCGUCUUAUCAAAGCUGGAUAUCUGGCUAAUACAAAAGGCAACGGUGCUGCUGGAUCGUUCAAACUGAGUAACGCGCAAAAAGACAAGGAUAAGCAACUGGAGAGAACUCAGAAAGAAAAACAAAAAGCGAUUAAAGCUAAAGCCGCUUUAAAAACCAAGAAAACAACAACCACAAAAACAAAAGUGAAAAAACCUGCCGCCAAGAAAGCCGCAACACAGAAAAAAACUGCGAAAAAGACCACGAAAAAAACGCCAAAGAAAACGACAAAAAAGCCCGCAGCAAAGAAGGUCGCUAAAAAAUCCACCAAGUCCCCACAAAAGAAAGCGAAAGCAAAGAAAGCUACUCCUAAAAAGACCGGACAGAAGAAAUCCAAGAAAUAAAUCAAUAUACAUAAAACUUGAACUUUACAAUAGAGUUACAUGCUUAUACGAGUUAAAGCCAAUGGAAAAGCGCCGGGCGUACUGCUUACUUUUGAUAUUGUAAUCCUGUUUUGGGGGUUGAAUAUUCUGUCAUGUUCAUUUUGGAGCAUGGUAAACAAUCGAUUUCCAUGAGGAUCAAAGUAAAUUUUGACCUCAUUGGGCUUUUUUUGUAUAGUAGUUCCACAGAGUGUACUCCAUAUUCAGAUUUUUUGACAGAACUCUAUUUUUUCAUCUUGACUCACCGUUUAUAAAACAAAAUAAACGCACUUUUAGUAAGGGCCUUUUUGUUUUCUCUUUGAUCAUGCUUGAAAAUGUAGUUUUUUGUUAUUAUCGUCGUUACGUUUUCUUUUUAAUGAAAUAAAUAUUAUCAUUAGUAUAAA